CACCGAAGACCUCUGCUACGAUACGAGUUUUUUGUUUUUUUUACUUGUGUGUACUGAGACAGCCACGCUGGUUCAUUGUUAGGAUUGUUUGAGAAGUGGAGGGCCUUAAAGCACUGGACGACUGCACGCCCGAUCAGUAUACAUGGAUCGCCAUCCACCAACACAAGAAGAUGACAACUGGCCAGUUACUACUGGUUUUAGAAGACACAAUAGUGCCGAGGCUGGGAGAGGAUUAACUUAUAGCGGUCGUACACUGACCCAGAAUAGUUGUUAUAACGCAAAUAGAGGAAGUUGGCAUAAAAAUGAAAGAAAAGACGUUGUAAGUGCACUAAAUAUGAACGAUCUUAAGAAAAUACAUCAGAUGGAGUCGGUUAAUGACGUGUUGCAAACUUUAUCAAGCCGAGCCAACAUGCUUAAACUACUUUUAAAUGAACAAAGAAUGAGCAAUGACGUCCUUGAAAUUUUACUCAGAAUUUUUGUAAGGGUAUUUGAGUGUAAAAUAACUAAUUAUAACGUUUCAGAAAAAAGAAAAACAGCAAUAGAUCUGUUAAAGGACAGCACAUUUUUUAAAAGUGUUCUUCAGUUAUAUAUAGCACAUUUAGGAGACAGUUCAAACACAAAAACUCAAAGUCAAAUAGAGGAAAAGGUAGCUCUCCUUUCGACGUUUCUGCGAGUGUUCAUUCCUGGACUAGAAUGCAAAGUAAACGAUCUCGAAAUGCAUAUAACUUUACUUGACGCAACUAGUAAAGCCUUGUUUGUACAACGCAAUUUGUCCAAAGAAGCUGUUAUUGAGGUAGCACGUUUAAAAAAAGAAGCUGACAAAUGCAUUACUGAAGCAAAGGAAGAAGAGAAAAAGAGAAGACAACAUGCUUCUGCCAUCCGAGAAGGUAUUGUCCAUGGCCCGCCGCCUAAUGACUAUCGGGAUAUUCCGAUAUUACCAACCAAAGAUGACCUCCACUCAAUAGAAUCACCGUUCCUUCGGCCUAAUAAAACUAAAGGAAGCUACUCAAAUCAUUAUCAUUAUCUUGAUGUUCAAUUCCGAUUGCUGCGUGAAGACUUCAUUGGCCCUUUGCGUGAUGGAAUCCAAAGGCACUUGACCAAUGUUGCAAAUCCCCUUCCACGUGACCAGAGAAAAAGGAAUCCAGAUGUUCGGCUGUACUAUGACGUUCAAAUUGACCAUCCAGUAUUUUCCGAAAACGGUGUACAUUAUCGCGUUAAGUUCAGUCUUAGUAACUUACCGCGUAUAAAAUGGCAGAAUACGAAACGUUUAAUUUUUGGCUCACUUGUUUGUUUAUCGCAUGACAAUUUUCAAACUCUUCUAUUUGGAACGGUUGGCAAUAGAGAAGAAGACCUACUACGCCGUGGCCGAGUUGAUCUUAAGCUCCAUAAUAUUGAAAACAUGGUAAAUACACGUGUAUACACUAUGGUAGAGUCAACAGCAUUUUUUGAGAGCUACAGGCCUGUCUUGCAGGUACUCCAACAGUUCAAUGAAGAAUAUAUACCGAUGGAAAACUACAUUAUCUGGGCUUCACAAAACAUAGAACAGCCAAAAUAUCUACGUAAUAAGAACAGCGUGAUGUACGAUAUUACUUCUUUGAUGAAAGAAGAACUAGGUACGCAAGAUAGACGAUGGUUAAGGAGACUUCAAAACGCACAUAAAAUUGACAUACUAGACGAUAAUGCAUGGCCCGCCCUUAAGAAACUAAGCCUUGAUGAAUCACAGUUAAGUGCUGUAAAGGCAGCAUUGACAAAAGAGCUCUCCGUCAUUCAAGGGCCACCAGGAACUGGGAAAACAUACAUUGGGUUAAAAAUUGUUGAGACUCUUCUACGUAACAAAUCACAUUGGUCGCCAAAUAAUGAUGAGCAUGCAGAACAUAAAAGUCCUAUAAUGGUAAUAUGUUAUACAAACCAUGCGCUCGAUCAAUUUCUUGAAGGUAUUCUUAAAUUUUCUCCAAAGAAUUUAGUCAGAAUCGGUGGACGAUCUAAAAGCGAAGAACUUGCACGUUUCAACCUGAAAACAUUAUCAAAGAAGUACAGACACAAAUCAGAUGACUUCCAAACAGUCAUAGAUGCCUUAAGUUACCAAAUGAUACAGGCUGAGGAGAUGAUCAAAUUGUGCAACAAAUACAUAUUAAGUGAAUACACCCUUGAAGCUGUUAUAAAUGACAAUCAUUUUAGAUGUCUGCAGGACUCAAGGGAAGAAUAUUUGGUGGACGGAAAGCGUUCAGCUUUACCUGCAUGGCUUGGUCUUCUUUCAACUUCCCACGAAUUUGAAAAGACAGAGGAUGUUGUAGUUUGUGAUGACGAGGUUAAAAAGAGGGAAUGUGGUGAUGUUCCUAACACAAAGAACCUUAUGACUGAAGUCGACAUGCUAAUGUAUCAACGGGCGUAUGAUGAUGCCAGUGAUUAUGAAACAAGAAAGAAAUCGAUUUUGCGUGACCUAUAUACUAAACUGGCUUAUGAUCCAACAAUGAAAUGCAAAGAUUCACCAUUAAAAGAGCACCAUGCGACAUUGUUAAAACAAUUAUCCGUAAUUGAUGAUGAAACGACGGAACAAGAGGCAGACAGACUUGUCAAUAUUCGCAGGUUAUCUCUAAAUAAUCGAUGGCGUCUCUACCGAUAUUGGAUAACACAGUACAAAUGUACAUUGCGUGAAAUGUUAUUCAAAUUGCAGCAUGAUUAUGACCAAUUAGUAGGCAGGAGAAUUUAUGAGCAAGAUCAUGAAGCGAAAUGUAAAGUUAUAAGAGAAUCAGUGGUAGUCGGUAUGACAACGACCGGUGCUGCUAUGAAUAAAGAGCUCUUGAAUGCCAUUCGACCGAAAAUUGUCAUUGUUGAAGAAGCUGCAGAAAUACUUGAAGCACAUAUAGUAACAAGCUUGACAGAUCAAUGUGAACACCUUAUUCUUAUCGGAGACCAUCAACAAUUAAAGCCUAGUUCUACAGUAUACAAACUUGCUGCCAAAUUUCAUUUGGAUACGUCACUCUUUGAACGAAUGGUUACUAACGAUGUCCCUUGUCAGAGGCUAUCAUCUCAACACCGCAUGCGACCGGAGAUAUCAAACAUCAUGAGGAGACAUUUCUACAGCCAUCUACUUGAUGAUGAGUCUGUGAAUCAUUUUGAUGACAUUAUGGGUGUUAGUCAUAAUUUGUUCUUUAUAAAUCACGACUUCAAAGAAGAGACUGUUGAGGAUAUGCUGAGUAAGUCAAAUGUUCACGAAGCUGAAUAUUGUUUAGCUCUUGCAAAAUACUUCUUCCAACAGGGUUACCAGGCAGCAGAUAUCGCAAUUCUAGCUACCUAUAGGGGACAGGUGCUAAACUUGAAGGAAAAACUCAGAGACGAGAAGUAUGCUUGCCUUGAAGGUAUUUAUGUUAGCGCAGUCGAUAAUUACCAGGGGGAAGAAAAUGAUAUCAUACUAGUGUCGCUGGUAAGGAGUAAUGAAGCUGGGAACAUCGGUUUUUUGAAGGUUUCAAAUAGAAUGUGCGUGGCAUUGUCGAGAGCCAGAAAAGGUUUGUUCUGCAUUGGAAACUUCACACUUCUGGCAGGAAAGAAUGACCUCUGGAUGAGGAUAGUGAAUGAUAUGCGAUCUUCAGGUCGUAUUGGAAAUCAUCUACAACUGAACUGUCACAACCAUCCGAAGACGAAGGUUAAAGCGUUUAUUGCAAAGGACUUCGAAAAAUGUCCAUUAGGAGGCUGUGACCGUAUGUGUGAAAUUCGCCUCAAGUGUGGUCAUGUAUGCCCUAAUUAUUGUCACCCAAAUGAUACCCACCAUGAAAAAUACGAAUGUAGAGAACCAUGUGUCAGAACCUGUGAUCGCGGUCAUCCUUGCAGUCGUCGUUGCUUUCAAAACUGCCUUCCGUGUAAAGUCAUUGUCAGUAGAACACUAAAUUGCUCCCAUGAAGCUCAGAUACCAUGUGCUAAAUUCAACGAGCCAGUAGAUUGCAGUGAGCCAUGUGGCAGAAAAUUACAAUGUGGCCACAAAUGCAAACGGAAAUGCUAUGAAAGGUGUCUGUUAUGGAGGUGCUUAGAGAUCGUUAAUAAGUCAUUCAAUUCCUGUGGACACGACCUUCAAGUAAAAUGUUACAUAGAUGUUUGUCCGGCACCCUGUGAAAAUAUGCUAAGUUGUGGUCAUGGUUGUAAAAAUAAAUGCGGCGAAUCGUGCACAAAUAAAUGUACAGAAAUUAUAGAUAAGACAUUUACAUGUGGUCACACUAUGAAUGUACCUUGUUUUACACCUUCUUGCAGAUUUCCAUGCUCACGUGAGAAAACAUGUGGUCAUCCCUGUCCCAAUAUAUGCUGUAAGUCGUGUGGGGUUUGUUAUGUAAGAGUUACGAAAGAGCUCAAAUGUGGCCAUAAGCGGUUGAUGUAUUGUUAUGAGGAUGUUAAUAGAGUUCAUUGUAGACGAAUGUGCUCGAAGCAAUUAUCAUGUGGACAUCAGUGUAAACUUUUGUGUUACGAAUCCUGCUCCUCGUCUUUGUGUACUGAAAUGGUUAAAAAAAAGCUAAACUGUGGGCACGACAAAGAAGUACCAUGUAAUAUAAAUCCUGAAAUGUUAAAUAGUCGUCUCACUUCCGGUACGCAUCUCUACAACACAUAUGCAGAUCGUGGUAAAGAAAUUGAUUUAAUUAAAUGUACCGUGGGACUGAUUGUAACUUACGACUGUAUGCAUGUAACAGCAAUAGAAUGCUGGAAAUCAUCAACAAUUGGUGAAACCGAAUGUCAAAAAAUGUGUUCAAGGUUUUUGCAAUGUGGCCAUCAAUGCAAAGAGCUUUGCGUCAAUCCGUGUACAGUUAAGUGCACUGAGAAUGUUGAGAAGAAACUGAAGUGUGGGCACAUAAAGACUGUGAGAUGUUAUGUAGAUGUCACCGAGGUUGCGACUAAGGGAGAAUCAGCGUGUCAGAAUUUAGUGAAAGUAACUCGUAAAUGUGGACAUGAAAUAACAGUCGAAUGUUGUAAAUCAUCAACAACAGAAGAAACUAAAUGUCAAAGAAAAGUCGUUGAAACAUUAUCCUGCAAACAUGAUGUCAUUCGUAAAUGUUCACAAAUUGGAAUAUGUACAGAAAUGUGUUCAAGAUUGUUGCCAUGUGGACAUCUAUGUAAAGAACCUUGCGUUAAUUUAUGUACAGACCAAUGCAAUGAAAAGGUAGAUAAAAAACUGAUGUGUGGGCAUACGAAGACUGUGAGAUGUUACGUAGAUGUCACCGAGGUUGUGACUAAUGAUGAAGCAGCGUGUCAGCAUUUAGUGAAUGUAACUCACGAAUGUGGACAUGAAAUAACAGUCAAAUGUUGUGAAUUAUCAACAUUCGUCGAAAAGAAAUGUCAAAGAAAAGUCAUUGAAACAUUAUCCUGCAAACAUUAUGUCAUUCGUGAAUGUUCAGAAAUUGGAAUAUGUACCGAAACGUGUUCAAGAUUGUUGCCGUGCGGUCAUCCAUGCAAAGAGCCUUGCGUCAAUGCGUGUACAGACCAAUGCAAUGAAAAGGUAGAUAAAAAACUGAUGUGUGGGCAUACGAAGACUGUGAGAUGUUAUGUAGAUGUCACCGAGAUGGUAACUAAAGGUGAAGCAGCGUGUCACCAUUUAGUGAAUGUAACUCGCGAAUGUGGACAUGAAUUAACAGUCGAAUGUUGUGAAUUAUCAACAUUCGUCGAAAAAAAAUGUCAAAGAAAAGUCGUUGAAACAUUAUCCUGCAAACAUGAUGUCAUUCGUGAAUGUUCAGAAAUUGGAAUAUGUACCGAAACGUGUUCAAGAUUGUUGCCGUGCGGUCAUCAAUGCAAAGAGCCUUGCGUCAAUACGUGUACAGACCAAUGCAAUAAAAAGGUGGAUAAAAAACUGGUGUGUGGGCAUACGAAGACUGUGAGAUGUUAUGUAGAUGUCACCGAGAUGGUAACUAAAGGUGAAGCAGCGUGUCAGCAUUUAGUGAAUGUAACUCGCGAAUGUGGACAUGAAAUAACUGUCGAAUGUUGUGAAUCAUCAACAACCGAGAAAACAAAAUGCAGCAAAUGGUGCUCCAAGAAGCUGCCCCGUGGCCGCUGUUGUACUGUACUAUGAAAUGUUCAUAGGGAUGCACAAUCAGUUUUACAGUAUAUUAUUGAGCAGUCAUGCUCUACCAACUUAAUAAAAGGUGAUUGUUUAUCGUGGUUAAAUUUCCAGUAAGACAAUUUAUCUGUGGUCGCAUUUGCUAACAACAUUGCAAUUGUGUUUACCAGCACAAAACACUCCAUACAGUCUGUGUCGACAUUUGCAACCCAUGUAAAUCUCCUGUGGGUGGAAGUGUCCUCAUGUAGAAAUGUGUACUGUAAUUGAGACACAAUUACUCUCAUAGAAACACCACAGUCCCAACGGACACACAUAAAAGUAUUCAACAGAAAUACUGUCCAGUAUGCCACACCACAAAGAUAUGGUAAUGUGUUUAAAAGUACAUUAGGUAUUUACGCGGUAUGUAUAACAAACUCAUUCGCAAAGAAAAACUGGGAACGAUGUUACAAAGUAACAUCUUAUGUACACUUUAAGAGAGACAAGGGCAGGCCCGUACGCAGGGGGUGCGACGGGUACACACGCACACCCCCUCCCCCACAAAUUACCAAAGGUCCACAUUUUCGAGGGUAGAAAAUUUUAAAAAUCACCACUCUCCCUAAUUUGUACAAAUUAUUUUUAAAAAGAUAAGAAAUUUAUAUUCAAAUUUAUGAAUUAUCAAAUUAUGAAUUCUCUUACGUCAGUCCCAACCAUGGUGGGGCUGUGGUGUUAUCAACUCUCAAUCAAUGCCAUAGCCAAGAUUUUCAAACAUUGCAGGACAAUAUCAGAGUGGACCCACUUUUCACGUAAAUUCAAAUAAUGUGGACACAGUUUCUUAA